AAUCAACUGCGACGCGUUUUCGACUUUUCUCAGCCCUUACAAUUACAAAACCCCUCCGCCCCCUCUCUCUACUCUACAGCAACAACAAUGGCUUCAAUCUACACCUGCUCAGAAUGCAACACAAACCUCAACCUCAACACCUCCUACACUUACCCACCGGAUUUCUACUUCGAAGCCGGAAACAAAAACUCAAUCUCCUUCUCCACCAUCGACGCUACCAAGUUCAAAUUCGAAAAAGAAGAUAAGAUCCGUCCAUUCUUCGAAACAAUCAACUAUUGGGGAAUUCAAAGAAAGAGAACUAAGAUCAAGUGUAAUAAUUGUAAUCAUCUUGUUGGUUAUGUAUAUGAUGAUGGUCCUCCUCUUAUUAAUACUCCUGGUCAGUUUCAUAUGGGUCCUAGUCAAGUUAUUCCUAGAGCUCCUAGAUAUAGGUUUAAAUCCAAAUCACUUCGAAUCACUUCUCAAACUUAAUUCACUUCUGUAUUUUGUGGAUAUAAUUCUUAGUGUAUAUGGUUGGUGUAAUGCUUUAUACUUUUUUGUUCGAAUAAAGUGGUUUAUUUCGUUUA